UGGAGUGAGUCCAGAGAUGGGCAGUGGAGCUGGGAAGGGUCUGGAGCACAAGUCCUGUGAGGAGCAGCUGAGGGAUCUGGUGGUGUUUAGUCUGAAGAAAAGGUGGCUCAGGGGAGACCUUAUCACUCUCUACAAGCACUUGAAAGGAGGCUGUAGCAAAGUGAGGAUUGGCCUCUUCUGCCAUGUUUCAAGUGCAAGGAUGAGAGGAAAUGGUCUUGCAUCAAGGAAGGUUCAAAUUAGAUACUAUAAAACAAAUUUCACUGAAGGAGUGGUUAGGCAUUGGACUAAGUUGCCCAGAGAGGUAGUGGGAUCACCAUCUCUGGAAUCGUUCAAGAGACAUCUGGAUGUGGCACUUGGGGAUUUGGCUUAGGGGUGAUUAUGGUGGUGUUAGGUUGAUGAUUAUACUAGAUGACCUUGAAGGUCUCUUCCAGCCUUGAUGACUCUGUGAUCAAAGUUGUGCUGUUAGCUCAGUCUCUAAUGGCAUUUGGGAGCUGUUCAAAUCUCUUCUGCAGGUUUAAUUUCUCAUCCGCUGCAGCUGAGUUUGCCUCUUCUAAAUAUUUUUUUUUUUUUUUUAAUGGAAAGAACAAAUUGGAAAAUCAUCUACACAAUCUGUAAAGUUGCCCUUUGGAUUCAAAAUUUUAAAUAAACUUUUCUGCCAUGUUGUCCUGAUUCAGAAAAGCAUCUCAGCACACACUUAAAAUCUGUUUCCUGAGGGACAGUCAUAUUUUAAGCUUGUGCUUAAGUUUUCUGGUUGAAUAAAACUGCUUUCCUGAACUGGUGCCUUAAUGAUUAUGCCUCCUAAUGGAAUUAUAGUUCUUACAUACACAUGGGUAGUAGUUGUCAGCAGUUUGUAGAUAGGAUGAUACAUCUUUUCAUACGUCUUUUUUUCUUUAUUUUAAAUCUUUAAAUAAACAUAUACAUACCAGAAGUUGCUUCUUUCUCUGGUAAGUAUCUUUUGUGAUCCUAUUAUUAAGGUUUUCUUAGAGUUGAUUGAAAAAACUAUACAUUGUUGUGGAUCUAUAGACAUAAAAGCAUAGAGCAUAGUUUUGAAUCUGAGUGAAACCAAAACUAUCUUUUCAGGCUUACAGUGGUGGUAUUUUUUUUUUUUUUCCUUUGGUGAGGGGGGCACAUGGGCAAGGUAUGUUGGAGAAGUUUGGCUGGGGGUUGGGAGAUGAGGCAGUGUUUGUAUAGCAGAAAGGAGUUGAUAGACAUACUACUGCUUUUCCCUGAUGUAUUUUACAGUGAGAUGUGAGCUGCUUGCAUAGAUUGUUUCAUCUACUUUACAUUGCUUUAGAAUAGAGGUGGAGGGAGAGAAGGAAAAUUAGCAGUCAAAUACUGCUUUUCUAAAAAUCAGUUGAUAAAGCCAAAAGAAUAGAUUAAUUGUUGGAGACAGAAUGAAGAGAAAGUAAUUGUUUCAGAAGUUGUCAUAUCUUGCCGCUAAAUACCAUUGGGGGUGAGUUUCACAAAGCAUCAAUUUCUAAAGUAACAUGGCAUUUAACCCCACUUUCCACGAAUCAAAACAAAACUCUGAACCCCAGAAUACCCCUAGUAUUCUGCGGUACUUGCAUACAAAUGAAGUAUUCCUAUUUGAGCACACAGUUGCUAGGACAAAGUCAAAUGUGUGGUGUUAGAUUAUGGCAAUCUGAAACUCUUCAAAGUGGGCUGUAUCUAAACAUUACUUUCAUUAUCAAGCCAUAUAUUUUCACUAUAUUGUCUGCAGGACAUAAAUAUGAAACUUUGAUUUUGCAGGUACUGGCUAUGAGUUGACGCAAUUGUCAUAUAUGCAUCCUUUACACUUAGGUAGUUUCUUCCACCUUCCACAUCUGCACAGUUUUACUUCUCCCUUAAUGGAUUGGCCACAUACACUUGUGAAUGAAUAGUUAUCCAUGCUGUUUUUCAUUGCAUUGGUUAUGAGAUCCACUGAAGGAAAAUAGGAGGGAAGUGAUUUUUUAUGCAAAUAUUCCACUGCUCUGCAUACAGUUCUUUAAGGGAGGGAGGGUGGAGGGGGCAGAAACCUCUUCUGACAAGUCAAGACUUGUUUUUAUUUUAUGGACUGUGUGGUGGAAACCACAGUUAUCUGCUGCUAAAAACUGAACUGCAAGCAACAUAGUAAUAAUAACUUUAAAUUGCCAAAAGGUGUGUUAUGAUACGGUUGCAUUUGUUUUAUUUAAUACCAUUAUAUGUUUUCCCAUAACAGUUAUCCAUUUGUGUAUAGAUGUUUCCCAAGUAUUUGUCCUGUACUUAAAAAUUUCUAGUUUAGGAAGGAGUUCUUUUCACAGGUUUGUAAGAAAGCCUCUUAGUUAAUAUGUUCGUUAAAGGAAUUUUCUCUUUUUGUAAGAGGAAAUUUAAGUUAAAAAAAACAAAACUAAAAACAAAGUUCCAGGAGAGGGGGGUCAGGAGUUGAACAGCUGUAGCAGUAGAGUUCCUUGUAAGGAAGCAUAAGACCUUGUGUGUGUGCACAUGUGUAUGGUUUUAAUUAGUGGAAAUACUUGAGGCUUCCUACUAACCCAAGUUUACAUUCCCAGGAUUUGUUUCUGAACUGUGAAAUGCAGAGAGGUAAGCUGUGCUUUCUUCUGGAGAAACAUUAACUGGUUUAGCAGCCCUCAUGUCCAUUUCUCAGGUAAAAUUAGAAAUAGAGCACAAAUGCAUUUGGUAGGCUAUGGACAAUCUCUCAGCUGAAGGGCAGAAGGAUUAACUAUUUAUACAAAAUAUGCAUAUCAGCAUCUCUAAGCUAAUAAUUUGGGUCACGUUGGAUGUUCACAGUGAAGAAUGCAAGACUGAAUUGAGAGUCCAAGCAGUGUCUCUUUACCAUGUUAUCAUCCUGAAAAUAGAACUAGAAGCUCUGCGCAGCGAGCUGGUCUACAGCGUCCAGGCACGGUCUCCGCUAGACCAGCCACUCGUGUCCCCCGAUGAAAAUAAAGCAGGUACCCCUGUUUCUUCCUUCCUGCAAGUGUCUGCAGCUGACGCCAGGCAGGAGAGCAGGCUUGCUGGUACUGGUCCGGUUGAGAGCUUCCAAAAGGAAAUCGGGAACGGGAGUAGAAACAGGGGCAGGCGGUCUGCCGCCAACACAGAAGAAAAAGUGCUGCAGGCCUGCUUGCAACUGAUUGCUGACAGCAAAAGUGAUAUCCAACAGAAAGAUGAUUCAAGCAUUGUCCCUUGGCUCCUGAGCUUUAAACGUGGAACAGCUCUGGAAGAACAAGGAAAUAAAAUAGUGGUCAAAGAAACGGGUUAUUUUUUCAUAUAUGGCCAGGUUUUAUAUACGGAUACAACAUUUGCUAUGGGACACCUAAUACAGAGGAAGAAGGCUCAUGUGUUUGGUGAUGAUCUCAGCUUGGUGACAUUGUUUCGCUGCAUCCAAAAUAUGCCACAAUCUUAUCCAAAUAAUUCUUGCUAUACUGCUGGCAUUGCAAAAUUAGAAGAAGGGGAUGAACUUCAACUUACAAUACCACGGAGAAGGGCUAAAAUAUCCUUGGAUGGAGACGGUACUUUUUUUGGUGCAGUAAGACUCCUCUGAAGCCUUUCAUUUCUGUUAUUAUGCUUAAUGCCAUUUUCUUCUCUACCUAUGCCUUUGUCAGAAAAAAUAUUGGAUUGUAAUAAAGCUUCCAAUUCAACCUCUCCUAAUUCAUCACAGGCUUCUAAAAAUUUUCUUCACUUUAAUAAGCAAACCCAAAACAGGAAACAUACCAGACAUGCUUGUGAUAUAGCCACCAUGUGAUUACCAGAAAGCCAAUUCAUUUUAGACAAUAGGAGACUCUAGAUAACAACUAUAAAGCAAUGAGGUUUUGGCUUUGAAACAAUUUGUUGUCCGUAUGGUAAAUCAAAGAAGGAGUUGACCAAAAAUAACAGCAUGAGCAGGACUGCAGACUAUCGAAUUGUUAUCCAUGAUUGAAAAGGAAAUCUAAAAUAAAAGUGUAUCUUAGAUUUGCAUUCUUUCAUCAAUAAAGUAUUUGAUAUAUAAUGUGUGGGGAAGAAACAUCGAACAGUAGAUUUCUCACCACAAAAUGAAAUUGUUAGGUGGGUUCUGAGUUUUGGGGUUUUUUUCUUUCCCCAAAAAUACUGGGAAAGGAAAAAUUCUAAAUGUCUGGGAUAAUGAAAACAAAUAUACAGAAUAGUAGCCACUGUCUUGCUUCUUCUGUGUGAACAAAAAGUGAAUAAAUUACUAAAAUCUGUUAGCAUUUACUAAUUAGAAUUAAUUUUACUGAAAAAAAGGACAUGUAAAAUGCUUCAACAGCUCAAUCUUCAAAGCAUUGCUGCUUGUUAAGGAAUAUGUCUACACUUCUAUGUAAACAAGGCUGGCACAGGAAGAAACACAGUGAAAUUAGACACAAUACCAUGAAUUGGAUUUCUGGCUCCAUAAUUUCUGCAGUCAUAUAAAGAUGUGUAUAUAUAUACAGUAUAUAGAUAUAUUUGUAUAUAUUUGAAAGUAUAUACACAGACAUAUGUCUUGGGCAUUUGGGCAUAGAAUUUUAUCUUCUUUCGAACAGUUUAUCUAAUGGAAAUAUUACUUCAUACAUAUUUUUUUUGUAUUUCCCUUUCUUCUUGCUAUGAUCCAUUCUAUCCAAUAUAGUAAAAAGAAAAAUCCAAUAGAUCUGGAACCAGCCGUGCAACUAAGAAACACUUGUAUCUCAGAGGCUUUUUCUGCAGUUUUGAAUAUAGUGCUGUUUGACAAAAAUAUUCAGAGCUGUAGAACAAAUAAACAGAUGUCCUUUUUCCCUUUCUUUUGUCUGGCCACUUAGUUCAGUAGAUAGUAUUUAUGCCUUUUUUUUCCCCAAAUAUUGUAUGGUCAAAGGAGCUAUUGUACUUUUUCCCCUGAUCUUAAAGAAGCAUUGAAGUGGUAUUGGAAUAGAUAAAAAGUAAAACCCCAAGUAAUGAAUUGUACUUAAUUUGAAAAUAUUUUUUAGGACCUGAGAAUUGUGGUAUAUAAGCUCACUUAGUAAAGAAAAGAUGCUCUGUA